UUAACGAAGUUAAAUUCACAUUUAUCACAGACGUCACCUCAGCGCGCUAAGCUAGCAUUAACAUUAGCCACCGUUAUCUUUCGCCGCCUAGCUUAGCAAACUCGAUAAAAUGUCGGCCGGCAAGAGAAUGAGGAAGAAAAGGCUCUCCGAAGAAGAUGUUGGUAAACUAUUUGACUUUUCUCCAAUUGCCAAGAAUAAAGCGCUCCACUGUGGCUCAGAAGAUGAUCUCGGACAAGCGGAAGACAAAACUCCAAGUGAGGAAAAAGCUCCGUUGAGAAAAAGAGCUGCCGCCGACUUCAAACAUGAAGAAACUGCAGUUGCUGUCGGGAGUGAAGUUCACAACAUGUUGGAGCGCUUUGGAGCUGACAUCAACAAAGUGAUGCUCACCAAGCGCAAGCGUCUGGAAAGUCUGACCAAGACUUACAUGAACGGAGGGCAGCAGAAAAUGGAGCAACUUUGGAACAACUACCACAAGCAAAGGCAGAAGAUGACGCAGGACUGUUCUCAGCAGUUGUCGUCGGUUCUGCAGCAGUGGCGGCUGGAAGCUCAGCAAAUGGAGGAGCAGGAGGAGAAGCUCAAUAAUCUGAUGCGCCAGCAGCAGAAGGUGGUCCAGCAGACCAAAGUUCUUCAGAACCAGAAACUGGAAUCCAUCCAAGAGCUGUUCAAGCACUUCGUCAAGAACAUGGAGGAGAUGGAGAAGAGCCAAGAGGGUGUCCUGCAUCAGGCCCAGCAGGAGCUGAGGAAGGAGAUGGCCACCAUGCAGAAGAAGAUCCUCACGGAAACCCAACACCAGGAAUUGGCGUCCGUGCGCAAGUCCCUGCACACCAUGUUCUUCUAGGCUCCUCACUUCAUCCUCAUCUUCUCCUCUCUUGCUCAUGUUACCGUGGACACGCAAUUGUUCUGUGUCGUCGUCUU